UCGUCACAUCGCCUCACGUGAGUUGCCUGUAGAAUGCGAGACGCUUGUCAGUCCCUGUGAAGGAAUCAUCUAGUAAUGAUCAUCAGGAAACAGGAGCCAAUGGAAGCCGAAUCACAAGAUUCUCAACCAGGUACCAGUCAAAAGUUGGAACUGCACGAGAGGGUUCUCGUAAGGCAGAGUUCCCGUCGUCCCGAGGGCUCAUCCAUCGCCAUCGCACCAUCAGCGAAAGAUGGGAGGUCGAGGAAACAACAGCCACCAAGGAAGCCUGAGAGAAAUAGCAGUAAUGAUGAGGCAUUAUCCCGUGGAAGGGCCAGCAGGAAACUACCAGAAAACAGCGUGCCUUGUGGUGAUUCGCCUGUCACGCGGCCCAAGACUCAAGGCCUAGUGGAUGCGACUGAGAUCUUUGCCUGCUCGUUGUCCCAAGAAUCAAUGCUUCAUCCUUCCAUCGUCUCCAGUGCUCCAGCAACUUUCCCGCCAGCUCGCUCCAUGCAGUCUCUCAUCCAAGUGGAAGACACUCGAAAGGCAAUCAGUGAAGCCGACACGCCGCCGUACCUGCUGUCCACUCUGGCUAAGAUGGGGUCCGUGCUGCUGUGUUGGUACAUGUUCCUGGUGUCCUUGGACUUGAUGAGCCUGGCGUUCCGCCUCUUCGCCGGUCGGCCCGCGGGCAACGCAGUUGUUCACAGCGAAGUCAUCAAGAACCCCGUAGUUGGUGUACUCAUGGGCCUUCUGCUUACGGUGCUCGUGCAGAGCUCUUCCUCUUCUACUUCCAUCGCCGUCACGUUAGUGGGAUCGCAAUUGCUGACUGUGCAUGACGCUAUCCCAAUCGUAAUGGGUGCCAACUUGGGAACGUCUGUGACGAGCAGUGUGAUGGCGUUGGCUACAAGACGGGAAGAGCCCUUUCGACCGGCUUUCGCAGCAGCUGCCGUUCACCAGCUUUUCAACUGGCUAACGGUGCUACUAAUCAUGCCAUUUGAGCUCUCUUUCGCUUUCCUUGAAUGGUCUUCGAAACUGGCAGUUCAGGCCCUGGACCGUAACCACAGGUUGAAGCGCUACGAUCACGUACGUGCACUCACGAGGCCACUCACCAAUUACAUUGUUCAGCUGGAGAAUGUGGGCCCGCAGGAUGAUUCCGACGCAGCCUCCGUCAACAUGAGCACAAUCCGAACCUGUUGUGCUACAAACGGCAGCAAAUGUGUUCAAGAAUGUAGGAGCGCCUUCACCACCUUUCGCAUGGGAGACCAGUUGUCUGGUUUGGUCUUGCUAUUUCUGGCCUUUCUUCUGUUGCUCGGGUGCCUGACCGCGAUGGCCCGUAUUUUAGGCACGGCCACCAGAUUUCAGCUGCUCCUGGCUAUCACCAAGUUUUCUCCUGCAUCACAGCAAGCAUCUGAAAGAGAUACGUGCUGCGGGCGUUUGUGCUUGGAAGGCUACAUCUGUCUCUGCCUCGGUUUGCUCAUGACUAUGCUUCUACAUAGCAGUUCGGCGCUGAGUUGCAUGGUUACCAGCUUGGCGAGCGGAAAUCCAAGCGCUGGUGGCCUCGACCUCCAGCAGGUUGUCUACCCACUUACCCUAGGGGCGAACGUUGGCACCACUACAACGGGAAUUUUGGCUGCGCUGGCGGGAGACUCUGCCCAGAGAAGUGACGCCCUUCAACUGGCUCUCUGUCACACAUUCCUGAACGUGUACGGCGUGCUGCUCUUCUACCCCGUCCCAUUCAUGCGCUUUCCCGUCAUACUCGCGCACAAGUUGGCUAACACAGCAGCAAAAUAUCGCUGGUUCCCACUGGCCUACUUGCUUCUACUUUUCAUCUCGCUCCCAUGCGUCGUGCUCUUCAUGUCGUUCGCUGGGACGCCCUUAUUCAACGUGCUCAGCGUGCCUUUCCUGGUCGCCAUAGUAUUGCUCAUCGCGCUGCACUUCAUCCAGAGGUUGUCGCCCACAUGGUUGCCAGCCUGGUUGCGCUCUCUGGCGCCACUCGACCGAAUCGUCGAGGGAAGGCUACUGCAGAGAUGUCCUCUACUGGAUGCAGUCCUGAAGGGCAGCAUAUGAUUCGUGACUUGAUCACGCCGUCUUUUUAGGCGUGCGAUUUAUCUAUUGCACGCGCCAAGUACGUUUAAUUAACACGUAAUUAUAAAUAAAUGUUGGCGCAUAAGCUAUGACCAACCA